AUGGACAAGCACCAGCCCGAUGAUUGGCUGACAAGGCAGAGCCGGGCGCGGGCCUACUGUUGGAGAAAAAAGAAAUUAAAUGGUGGCAGACAUGUCCAAGAAAUAUUGCUGGGAUUUGAUCCCUUUAUGAAUCUUGUGAUAGAUGCAUUGUGGAAAUGGCAAUCAGUGGAACAGAACAAUAUUGAAAUGAUGGCAACACAAGGAAAUAGUAUUGUUGUGUUAGAAGGCUUGGAACAAGUAUAA